AUGGAAGAAACUACACCUACAGUCAGCUUAAUAUCAUGUAUGCACUUUGUGCGUCGCGGAGUGGCGAAAACAGUGCCGGAAAAAAUUGAAUUAACGGAGAAAGAAUUGGAGAAAAUUAUCAAACAAACUGCUGAUGAUUUGCGGAUAGCAGAAGCAGGUGAAGAUGAGAGUGAUGACGAGGGAGAAGCAAGCGCUGCCCCAAGAGAUCCACCAGCAGAUCCUAAUGACGAGUUCAACUUUGAAAAAUAUGAUGAGGAAGAUAAUAUUAACCCUGUCGGUAUUGGUACCGUAGCUACAUUACCAAAUUUGGGCGACUUAAGUGAAGGAGUACAGAUAAGGACAGAGGGACCAGAUAGUGAUGAAGAGGAUGAUAUCAUCAAACCGAAUGAUAAUCUCCUUUUAGUCGGGCAUGUAGAGAGUGACGCCAGCGUCUUAGAAGUAUACAUAUACAACAAGGAAGAGGAUUCAUUCUACGUGCACCAUGAUAUUAUUCUCCCGUGGUUCCCUCUGUGUAUUGAGUGGCUGAGUCAUGACCCUACUGAUCCUAACCCUGGCAAUCUCUGUGCCCUCGGUGGUAUGGACCCAGUUAUCCAAGUGUGGGACUUAGACAUCGAGAACUGUCUGGAGCCAGCCUUCAAGUUAGGUAAGAAACCUAAUAAAAAGAAGAAAACUAAACGAGUCGGACACAAGGAUGCUGUACUAGAUCUAUCGUGGAACAGGAAUUUUACACAUGUGCUAGCAAGUGGAUCAGCUGAUAACACAGUGUUAUUAUGGGACUUGGAUCAAGGCACACCACACACAAAAAUCGACUGCUUCCAGGAUAAGGUACAAUCACUAGCGUUCCACCCCCUGGAGGCUCAGACGUUAGUGAGUGGUUCAUGCGACGGGUUCGCGCGCGUGUCGGACUGCCGCGCGGCCGACGCGCACCGAGCGUGGAGCCUCGCGCCUGAGAUAGAACGAGUCGUGUGGAACUCACAGAACCCAUUCUGUUUUGCUAUGAGUAACAACCAAGGCAAGGUAGCGUACGUAGACUGCAGGAACGAUGAGCCGCUGUGGACGAUAGACGCGCACGAGAAGGAAGUCACCGGACUCAUACUGAGCGACCGAGUGCCCGGACUCAUGGUCACCGUCAGCACCGACGAGAAACUCAAGACUUGGGAUAUUUCUGGUGCGUGUCCGCAGCAAGUGAGCGAGCGCGCGUGUCGCGUGGGGCAGGCGCUGUGCGCGGCGCUGUGUCCCGACGCGGCCUACUGCGUCGCCGUCGGCGGGGACAACAAGCAGAACUACAUCGAACUCGUCGACCUCACUAUCAGUGAACAAUUUGACAGUCGUUUUUCGUCACGGCCCUUGAUCACACCACCCUCUGCGCCCACUGAAGAUGCUAUGGAGACAUAG